AUGACAUGUGAAUUGGUGAGUAACGCAGGACGCAGCGGUCGUGGGUGGCUGGCAGACCGCAUGGCUCCAAUGCCAUCUUGCAUCAUACCUGUCCCAAAAAGCAAAUAUAUAACGCGUAGUGCUCUAUCCCCAUUGCUGGGUUGGCACAAUGGGUGUCGUUUGUGGUUGGCCUGGAUCCUUGGUGGUGUGUGGGGUGCGUUGGUCGCGGGGGUCGGGGGUCGGGGCUUGCGGGGCGGGGCCUGGGUCGGGCCGCUCGGCGACGCCGCGUCUGGAGCGGCGCGAUCACUCCCGCCGCGAUCUCGGCGCCGUGAGCACGUAAUGUCCGCAGGUCCCGCGAGUUCCGCCACGCACGCACACGCACGAGCGUACUGCGCUUCCCGCGCGCAAACACGCGCCAGUUAUGUUACCCGUUCGCUCAGCUGUUAUGUGUUUGUUCCAUUGUGA